GGAGACUACAACACGAACAUUGAAUGCAAUAAACUCGAUUAGAAAAAGUCUGAAUGAAUCACUGCACCUCCUGGAAGGAUUGUUUGUGUCUGAAUGGGGCUAUAGCUGCGAACCCACUCACAGGGCGUGUUGUUGGUGGGCAGGAAGCAAAGCCUCACAGCUGGCCAUGGCAGGCCUCUCUGCAGUUUGCUUAUGACUUCGACCCUGACUUCUUCCAACAUUUGUGUGGCGGAAGCCUCAUUUCUGCAAAUUGGGUCAUGACUGCUGCACAAUGCAUUGUUGACGUCCCGGGAAGAUUUGCUGUUGUUCUUGGAGAGCACGAUCUGCAGCACAAAGGCAAUGAAUAUUUGAGACAUGCUCAAUUAAUCAUCACUCAUCCUAAAUGGAACCCAAUGUAUCUUGGAAAUGGAAAUGAUAUUGCCCUAAUCCGACUGGCAGAGCCUGCGUAUACUACUCUUGAUGUAAAAGUAGCUACCUUACCACCUUCUGGUCAGAUCCUUCCCGAUGGGUACCCAUGUUACAUCACAGGAUGGGGAUUAACGGAACCUUUUGGUCUUCCCGCUCCCAUGCUACAGCAAGCCUUGCUCCGAGUGGUGGACUAUGCUACAUGCACAUCACCAAAAUGGUGGUCAAGCCUGGUCACCCAAGACAUGAUUUGUGCAGGGGGUGAUGGUGUCAGUGGUGGUUGUAUGGGAGAUUCUGGUAGCCCUUUGAAUUGUCAGAAUGAUGCUGGAACCUGGGAUGUUCAGGGUAUUGUAAGCUUUGGACCAUCCUCCUGUGUACUGGAAAGGAAGCCUACUGUUUUCACUCGUGUGUCAGCAUACAUUGAUUGGAUUUACCAGCUGGACAUGGUGAUUCUGUAA